UGGUGACGUGAAGUCACUGCGCGUUGUGUGGAGAGUGGGCAGGAAGCGAGUGUGAGAGCAUUGAUUACUCUUUGAACAGAAACGGUGCACAAGGUCCGGUAGGGUGUAUCAUGUCACGUUGCUAAUGCUGUGGCACGGUCGAAAUCAAACCAUCACCGACCCGGAUCGCCGACCGUACUCGUUCCCCGCCCGAAUCGAAGGAUUUGGGUUGAAACCCGCGAGCGCAGGAGCGGCGCUGUGUGCUGUUUGAACAGCAGGGCGAACAGCGGGUGGAAAGCGCGUUCGACUGGAAGGCAGGGAGCGCGAGGAGCCAUGAGAGAAUACAAAGUAGUCGUGCUGGGCUCUGGUGGUGUGGGGAAAUCAGCAUUGACUGUUCAGUUUGUCACAGGGUCUUUUAUCGAGAAAUACGACCCAACAAUAGAGGAUUUCUACAGGAAAGAAAUCGAAGUGGACUCGUCGCCCUCGGUGUUGGAAAUCCUGGACACGGCGGGGACGGAACAGUUCGCCUCGAUGCGAGAUCUGUACAUCAAAAAUGGACAGGGGUUCAUUUUAGUGUACAGUUUGGUGAACCAACAGAGCUUCCAGGAUAUCAAACCGAUGAGGGAUCAGAUUAUUCGCGUGAAAAGGUACGAGAGGGUGCCCAUGAUCUUGGUAGGAAACAAGGUGGAUUUGGAAGGCGAGCGAGAAGUCUCUUCCGGGGAAGGGAAAGCCCUGGCGGCCGAGUGGAACUGUCCGUUUAUGGAAACUUCAGCCAAAAAUAAAGGCUCGGUCGACGAACUGUUCGCAGAGAUUGUCAGACAAAUGAACUAUGCUUCAACUCCAAAUGGGGACGACCAGUGCUGCUCAUCGUGCGUUAUUCUUUAGAUGAAAAAAAGAAUCACUCUGUUUUUAAGUUUGCAAUGUGUGUUGCAGGAAUUCUAAGUUGAGCUCAGCGUGCCUUUCCCUGGCGCUGGAAGGAGCACAAUAUCUGCAAGGGAGGUGCGACCAUCGCGGGAGUUCACUCUUGUGGAAUUCUGUUUGGAGUAGGCCCAGUAGGCCAUGCUGGUCUUUUUAGUGUACAACAUUUUGAAGUCAACAACACAAGUGGCUAAUCCCAGCCCUUCGCCCGCCAGACAACACAAGCCUGCCCUCCUAACUGGAACUUUUACCAUGGAUGGUGAAGGGGCUUGACAUAAGUUCCCCCUUGUUGGAGAAUGGAAUAAGUAGUCAUUAAGUGCUGCGCAUGACUUGAGUUGAACAGUGCCGUCUCCCCCUCGCUAUGUACAGCUCCACUCCUCUUGGAUUUUUCUGACAGCAACGACAGUUCUUUGAAACCACUGUUUUUCUUCCCCUCCUCAUCCAGUGCCACCCCCAUUUUCUCAGUGUGCAAGGAGACAUGACUUGACUGGAGUGAUGUGGGACGUCAGUGUUGUUCUCACGUCGAGUGCCUUCCAAACCAUCAGCUAUUCCCGUGCAGUGCCAAUGUGAAGGCGUUCAAAUCUCAUUUUAAAUGGCAAUCUACACAAGUACUUAAAUGUAACAUUUUGUUGCCCUCCUGGGUGUUUAAACGUUACAUCAUCCCCUUUGUUUAAGCCAAUAGCAGUUUCUUCUUUUACUUACAAACUUUUAUUUUGGCCUUUCCCAAGGUGGUAUAGCCUAUGUAUGGCCAGAGUCAUUUGAAACACAGGUACUGAAAAUCGAUUCGUUUACUCAACAGAACCUCAUUUAAGCAAUCUUAAAAGUCAAAGAUUUUUAUCUUUUUGUUUUUAUUUUUGUUUGUUUUAACAGGAAAUGUGAUGUAACAUUGCAAUUCUAAUAUGAUUGUAAGUUUAAUUUUGGGUCAGCUUUUUAACAGCUGUCUGUGUUUAAAGACUUUUAAUACAAAUUGCAUUUGUACAAAAUGUCAAACAUGUGGUCGCUGUCUGUUUUUAAACUAUCUCUUUUACAUGAAUGACAUGAGAUCCAGGAAUCCUUUUUUUGUUUUGACUCAAGAUUUCAUGGUUGGAGGCGACUGGUUGCCAUCCCAUUUUUGUUUACCUUUAGUUCAUGACUUACAACUUUAUUAUAACUCAUUCCAAAUCCUGGUUUAAAAGCUAUCUUCAGUUGCUGACUGUUAUUUUUUUACUCCAAUUUAAACUCGAGACAAUCUCUAUAUGUGCCUAACUACAUUGUGUAGAUAUGAGUGACUGUGUAACAGGUAGACUAGUUUCCUGUGGGUGUGAGGCAGGCAAUGUGUAACAGGUAGACUUAGUUUAUUAUGGGUGUAAGGCAGCCUAUGUGUGGCAUGUGACACCCUUUGGCAUUUGGGUGAAGGAUUUUCACAUACCGCUAGCCGGUCUAGCCAAGAAUGACCCAGAAACCUCUGAGUAACCGUAGGUCAGAAGCCAUUGUGGGGGAAAACGGUCCCUUUCACAGCCUUUGGGCCUAUACUACAAAGCUGGUUCAGGAUAAGUUAAGGUUAAGUUAAGAGGUAAAUCAUAUAAUAGAAGAGCCUGGAGUCCUCAUGAUUUACCUCUUAACUUAACCAAAACUUAUCCUGAACCAGCUUUGUAGUAUAGGUCCCCGGCCUAAUGUAUACAGGUUCAUACUUUGCUAGCCAGCCAGUGGUCAGUGAUCUUGCAGAUUUUGAGAGUUAACAAGUGUGCUUAUCCCCUGAUUGAGGCAUGACUCACCUUUUGUAUGAUUCCUGAAAAAAAGCUCAAAUUAGUGCAUCAGUCAACUUUUAGCACAGUAUCAGACUCCAGAAGAGAAGUAGGCUGUGUAGACUUCCGCUUAUUGUUGAUGUUUAUGUUUUUUCCGAAUACAGAAGUUGGCUCGGCACAGACAAAUAUUACUUCUGCCUUUAGGGGGGUUUGUCUGCAGUGUGUAUAUAUAUAUAUAUGAAUUCUGCAGUGUUGUGUAUGUGAACAGCAUCACCUGAGGCUAGAGACCAAUUUUAUUCGCACAGACACUACUGGAUCCUUGACAGAAUGCACUCCAUCAGAGAGAGCGAGCGAGCGAGAGAGAGAGAGAGUGUGUGUGUGGGUGGUGUAUGCAUCGGUCUGCACUUAUGCCUCCUCUCAUCCCCUGUAGGGCCUUUUAUCGCUGUCUACCUUGUGUGCAGAGAGCUAAAGGAGCUGACUUUUAAGCCGACUGCUGUCGUUACAGUGUAUUGGUGCAACCCAUCUUUGAAAGUUCUUAUUUUUUCCACCAUCCAAACUCUUGGAGUCACGUUUUCAGUUCCGUGUCCUGUUAUAAUGUGAAGUGUAUUAUACCGUUAGCGAGAAGACUUGCUUCGUGAUAUCUUGUCUUGGUUAUAUACUUGUAUGUUCCUCUUCGAAUCCAUGGUGCACAUAGUGUCAGGCAGAUACUCGAGAGAGACUUAGCAGGGAUGGUGAUUUCUGGAGAGAUAGUGUGUGGUAUAACUUGUAUCAAUGUGACUUCUGUUUCCACAAAAACCGUGAGCACUUUGAUGGCCUUAUAAGGGUUCUGUUUCUGAUAACGGCAUGAGAAAGUGCCAGGCAGCCAUCCACUGUGGUGAUCCAGGGCUGGUGGAAACAGAUAUGCAGUCCGCCUGUGUUGUUGUAGCUAAGUGGGGGCCUAUAGCAACGUCGACAGACGGGACCAGAGAGCUCCAGUGACUAUUCUGCUUUGCUCUGGGAAUACCCCAGAAUUCCGGUCAUUUUUGCCAUUCCUGACACUCCGCUGCCCGGCCCGGGCUUGUCUUGGCUGUGCAGACCUCGCUCUUGGAAAGGGCUUGUCCAAACACAUCCAGGGGUGUGUUCCAAUAUGCACACUCCCGUCCUCCACUUGUGCCUGUGGCCUCACCAUGCCUCCUGGUCCUGUCCCUGUGGUGAAAACAGUACAUGGGUUCUAAUUUUUUGUGUUUUUUGCGACCCUGGCUGCGCACAACUCAACCUCUGAUUGCUGGAAACCGUUGUCGGUCAAAAAAUCGGCUCACAUGGUUGGCUGUCAGUGUCUUGCCCCUCCUCACAAUACCAUGUUUAUAAACAAAAACAAAAACCCAUGUAUAAAGUUUCCCAACUGUCAGCCUAAUCACAACAACUUUUGGGGGACUGUUUUUCAUUCACCAUCCUGAUUGCGAAGGAGAAAAUUACAUUAGAAUUGUGCUUUUGUGCAAGAUAUUGAAUUCAUUUUCUGUCGUCGGUGACGUCAUCAUGAGGUCACAAGCAGGCAAGGGAGGAAGGAAGUCCGCAGAUUGGAAUGCACCCCAGGAGUGUUGGCCCCUCCCAUAUUCCGUAACAGUCACGCCGCCUCUCGGUUUUUGGCAAUUCUGCAUCAUGGGCCCUUGACUUGAAACAUGUCUUCCAGUGGCAACAGGUUUAUUAUUGGCUUUAAGUUUGUGGUCAACAACCCACCAUUUUGCUCCAUAGUAGAGAGGAAGUGUUUCUGUGAAAUGUUGUAAAAUGUAUAAAAUGCUGUGGUCACAUCAGCUCGGUCGGCCUAGAGCUUGAUGUUGGGCUUCAGUAUUAUUUUCGUCAGAGGGUAGUCAACCUUUCAUUAAGCCACAUUUAGGGGCAGUGUUUACAUGAUAUGUUGGAAAAAUCUUUUAGUGUUACCGUCACAUCAGUAAUCUUCAGGGCAGUCCAUAGAGUGAGCUUAUAGUAUUGUCUGAGUGUAUGUGUACAUGUCCUCUUUCCAUUUGACAUGAAGCCAAAAAAUAUUAUUUCAUGAAAGCUGAUGUUGCUCCUCAUUGAGGUUUCGAUCUAUGUUGGGCAAAGGGACAUUUGUGAAGUAUAAGUUUUUCAAAUGUGUCAUCCAUGUGAUUGUGAAAAAAGGGAUGGCCACUUCCUUCUGAUGUAGGCCUGGAUGUUCAAGGUAUUGCCCCUGUUCGUGACAUCACAUACUGUGCUGAUCUGUGCAGUGCACAUGUGCACUGUGAAUUCACAAUGCAUUCUGUGAUAUUGUGUGUUGCACAGAUUUGCGCAGCAUCACAAACAUGGCCAUUGAUGUUGGGUCAGUGAUUUUUCAAGAUGUGUUUUGGUAGGGAAAUUUUACAAAAUCUGCUUCAAAGUAGGCUGCUGUGUCCCAAUGUAUUUUUUUUUAAAGAGUGCUUUGGAGAUGGUGUCCACAGUCUUCUUUUCAUGAAGUGUCUACUCUUACCCCUCAAAAGUUUGGCCACAUGCUUCAAGUGUUUUGGAGUGGUUGGUAGCUACGUAUCAAAUCCUUGGCUCAAGGUGUCUGCUUGAGAAAUCUUACUUGGCUGCAAGCUUAACCUUAAAGCUCGGCCCUCUGUUGUACUGGUGACACAAUUGCAGUAGGCGGUGAGCGCUUGGAUUUUCGCAGUCAUUUUUGAGAAGUAGGGAGGCUUAGCACAAUUGCUUCACCGUCCACCCCAUUUAGUCCACUCAACUCAGCACUUCUUUUCUUAUUCUCAGUGAUUUUUCUCUUCCAUUAACCCUCCAGAGUGGGCCUUCAAAGUAGCAUUUCUUGUAUGGCCGCGUCUGUAUUUAUCUGUAGCGAUUACUUGGAAAUGUGCAGCAUUGUGCAACUUGAAUUUCAUAAAAGCGUCAGUCACACACUGUCGGGUUUGGCAGAUGUACUGUACUGCACGGGGGGCUAUCUUUAAAUUCAGUGCACACACUUCAGUGAGAGUUGCUGGGAGUCUGAAACGGGGUCGUGUGGUGUCUGAAUGUGGCAUGGUAUGCUGCAGUGUUUAUUUGUAGGGGGUGGCAUUGUCCUGUGCCCUCUUACCCCGGUGAUAUGGAGUGGAGAGAGUGCCCUUUAUACUCACUCACACAAUAACAAAGUUACACUGUUCCUCCUCCAUUUACUGUACUUUUAAUUGCAUCAUGCAGGAAUGCCAUUUUGUGUUGUGUUAUAGCUUGGUGUGAAUGCUUGUGAAUGUGAUCAUACUUGUUUGGUGUAGUAGUUAGUUAGGGCGACCUUUGCCUUGUUUUUGGUCAGAGUUCAAGCCUACACUUCAUCUGCAGUGUCUUUUGCUUUGGUGUGUGUACUGUGUACGUUUUUAGUUUUCUAGAAAGGAGAACUUGCUUACGCAUCCUUACAUGAAAUGUCCUGCUGACAGAACUCAAGGAGAUCCCUCUUCUUGAAGUAGAACGCUAUACAAGUAGAAGGGGGGAGAAGUCCUUUUUUGUUUGUGGCUGUGUUUUGGACUUCUUUUACGAGAAGAACUACAGGGUGUGGUGGGGAGAGAAAGAAUCUGACUCAUCAGCCAAACUUGUGCGUGAGCCUUUGCCUUAGAGAAACUCGAGUUUCAUAACCAUGUCCUAGCAGGAAGUCAACACAUGACCCAACAUGCUGUGAUAAUCAGAAUGGCUCGCUAGCUACAGAAAGAAGAAACAAACUAUUAGUCCAUUAGCCAGCCAAGCGCUGCUUGCUUUUCCCACAACUUGAACCUCAUUGAAAAUCUACACUCGCUGUGCAGUGAAAAGAAGCCGAGUAUCCAGCCAUGCUGUAUUCCACAUGGUGUUUUUACAUCUAAAUUAAAAUCAGAAUGCAAAGAGAUUUAUUUCCUGCAUUGCACCCACCCUGCCUGCUAUGAGGUGCCUAUCUUUUUUUUACAUGGGGAAAUUUCUGCUCCGUUGUUUCCCCCCCUUGCACUGUUUGCUAAAUUGUUGUCAGCUGAGUGUUGAGCUGCAUGAGGGGGCUGGUAUUGAGUGUGUUUGAGAGGGGAAUACUUAUUUAUUGCCUUUACCACCCCCCCAAGUGUGUGGGUGUGCGCGUCGGUUUUAUAUAAGCCCUUUGGAGUCUUUGGUGUAUCUGUAUAAGGAGGCCAUAUGUCGAACACUGGCCAGGAAGGAAGGGUGUUUCCACUGCAGACUUCCUCUUCUUGCAUUUUUUUUGAGAGUUGCCACAUACCUCUCUACUUCCCCUGACCUAGUCAGCUUCUCGGCUAUAGUCUUCAAUCUUCAUCAUUUAUAGUAGUCACAUAAGGUGUUUUCAGACAGCCAGGCACUUGCCGUUUGAUCUUAUUAGCCGUUUUGAAUCAAACUCAUCUUGUGACCAAAGCUAUAGCUUAUGCUCAUGGUUUCGUAAGUUAUGGAUUUUGAACACAAUUGGGUUCUGGAGGGGAAAGGUGCUGAUUCACAC